CCGACGCGGGAGAGGACUUUGCAGAGCGCUCGCGGGCUCGUUGCUGCCUCGUCUUAACGGUCUCGGCGGGCGGCGGGCGAGCCAUGGCCGGUCGGAGGAGCCUGCGAAGUCAGCAGCCGGAGGAGGAACCGCAAGGGCGCAGGAGGUCGCUGCGGUUGGCUAGGCAAAAGGCUGCACCCUUUAAUUAUCAAAGAUCCUUGGCUUAUCAGGCACCUACCAACUCUGCACAGAUAGAUUUUGCAACACCUCGAACUGUUUUUAAGAAGGUCCUACAGACACAACCAAUUGUUUCCCCUCUUGUUUCUGAGAAACCUGAGUCUCCAAAACCAAUCGAUACAAUUUUCAAUUUUCCUGUGAAGCUUGGUUCUUCCAUCAAUCUAGAAGUCAGCCUGUCAGACUCCACUCAGAGACAGAAGUCUAGGCUUGCACGGCAUCCAACGAGAUCGAAAAAGGUCCGUGUCUCUGAAUUUGAAAGAGAUCUGAAUAACCAGCUUCACUUCAGCACAGCUCAAGGCUUGCUGGACCAUACAUCUUUGACAAAUUCUCUUCAGAUCUCUUUUACAACCCCAGCACCAUUGAACUCCGCUGGGAGAAAAGGUUUGAUCCGUAGGCCCAAAAACUACCGAGGAGUUAAUGUGAAGGAUUUUGAAGGGGGCCUUGAACAAGACUUGUUGCAGAUCAAAGACUCAGCAGAAAACAACCCUGAAGACCAGAAAACUACAACACUCCAAUCAAACAACACAGAGGCUCUUUCAGUAGAGACAGAACUCUUUCUCCCCCCUCAUUCCAGUGAGGAGAAUGAGACGGAGCCGUCUAAUGUCCUACCAGGACCGGAUUUGGCAAGGAAACCUUUCGGUCGUAGGAGUGCCCCAUCUCUUAGCCAAACACGGUUAGCCAGACAGGACGAAAUAUCUGACAUGGAAGUUGAAAAAGUGGCUGAAAGCAGCCCCCCCAAAACCUUGACAUCGGGAAGGGAAAUUAUCAUUGAACCAGAAACUGAAUCCACGGAAAAGGAUGAGAGUUACCAAGAAAAGUGCCAAGAGAAGCCACAGGAUGCAGGAAAAGGAUUGAGACCAAGCCUGGGAAAGGAGAAGUUAAGUCCAGGCCCCGAAGAUGCCAGUAGCAUAGAAAGCAUUUCCCAGAAAAGAAUAGACACGCCUCAAAAGCAACAGCGAAAGCAUUUUCAGGGAAACAGUCCUGACGAGGAACUCUUCACUCCCACAGAGCCUUUGAAGACUGGCCUGGGUGCAAGAAGGUCAUCCACACAAGUAGAUGCUCAACUCCCCGGAGCAUCUCAAAGAAAUUUCUCAACUUGGCUGAGUAGAAAGAUUGUCAGGCGUUCAGUGAAUGAGAUGGCGGCACACAUCACCAAGGAGCUGGAUAGCAUUGUCCCAUCAUUUGCAGGACCGAGUAUGGCCGAGGUGGACUCAGAGGAAGGAUCUUCUCUUCGGGAAAUAACUUUUGAUAUCACCCAAAGUCCUAGAGAGGCAACUCCAGGUAGACGCGCAAGUGGAAAGACUCCCAAGACGCUUGAGGGGACCCCCUUUAAGGCAACGAGAGAUCGAACAAAUCCACAAACAGGUGAUAAAAACAGAAGAAAACUAAUGAGGAAUGUGGAAACUGAACAGAUUCUGGAGUUUGAAGCCAAAGACAACCCAGAAGUUGAGGAGAUGUCAGAAUCAGAGGAUGUUGCUACUGAGAUCUCUCAAAGUCCUAGAGUGGCAACUCCAGGUAGACGUGCAAGUGGAAAGACUCCCAAGACAUUGGAGAGGUUCCCCUUUAAAGAAAUGAGAGAGAGAACAAAUCCACAAACAGGUGAUAAAAACAGAAGAAAACAAAUGAGGAAUGUGGAAACUGAAGAGAUUCUGGAGUUUGAAGCCAAAGACAACCCAGAAGUCGAGGAGAUGUCAGAAUCUGAGGAUGUUGCUAUUGAGAUCUCUCAAAGUCCUAGAGUGGCAACUCCAGGUAGACGUGCAAGUGGAAAGACUCCCAAGACGUUGGAGAGGUUCCUCUUUAAAGAAAUGAGAGAUCGAACAAAUCCACAAACAGGUGAUAAAAACAGAAGAAAACAAAUGAGGAAUGUGGAAACUGAAAAGAUUCUGGAGUUUGAAGCCAAAGACAACCCAGAAGUCGAGGAGAUGUCAGAUUCUGAGGAUGUUGCUACUGAGAUCUCUCAAAGUCCUAGAGUGGCAACUCCAGGUAGACGCGCAAGUGGAAAGACUCCCAAGACGCUUGAGGGUACCCCCUUUAAGGCAAUGAGAGAGAGAACAAAUCCACAAACAGGUGAUAAAAACAGAAGAAAACUAAUGAGGAAUGUGGAAACUGAAGAGAUUCUGGAGUUUGAAGCCAAAGGCAACCCAGAAGUUGAGGAGAUGUCAGAAUCAGAGGAUGUUGCUACUGAGAUCUCUCAAAGUCCUAGAGUGGCAACUCCAGGUAGACGUGCAAGUGGAAAGACUCCCAAGACGUUGGAGAGGUUCCUCUUUAAAGAAAUGAGAGAGAGAACAAAUCCACAAACAGGUGAUAAAAACAGAAGAAAACAAAUGAAUGUGGAAACUGAAAAGAUUCUGGAGUUUGAAGCCAAAGACAACCCAGAAGUUGAGGAGAUGUCAGAAUCAGAGGAUGUUGCUAUUGAGAUCUCUCAAAGUCCUAGAGUGGCAACUCCAGGUAGACGUGCAAGUGGAAAGACUCCCAAGACGUUGGAGAGGUUCCUCUUUAAAGAAAUGAGAGAUCGAACAAAUCCACAAACAGGUGAUAAAAACAGAAGAAAACAAAUGAGGAAUGUGGAAACUGAAAAGAUUCUGGAGUUUGAAGCCAAAGACAACCCAGAAGUCGAGGAGAUGUCAGAUUCUGAGGAUGUUGCUACUGAGAUCUCUCAAAGUCCUAGAGUGGCAACUCCAGGUAGACGUGCAAGUGGAAAGACUCCCAAGACAUUGGAGAGGUUCCCCUUUAAAGAAAUGAGAGAGAGAACAAAUCCACAAACAGGUGAUAAAAACAGAAGAAAACAAAUGAGGAAUGUGGAAACUGAAAAGAUUCUGGAGUUUGAAGCCAAAGACAACCCAGAAGUCGAGGAGAUGUCAGAUUCUGAGGAUGUUGCUACUGAGAUCUCUCAAAGUCCUAGAGUGGCAACUCCAGGUAGACGUGCAAGUGGAAAGACUCCCAAGACAUUGGAGAGGUUCCCCUUUAAAGAAAUGAGAGAGAGAACAAAUCCACAAACAGGUGAUAAAAACAGAAGAAAACAAAUGAGGAAUGUGGAAACUGAAGAGAUUCUGGAGUUUGAAGCCAAAGACAACCCAGAAGUCGAGGAGAUGUCAGAAUCUGAGGAUGUUGCUACUGAGAUCUCUCAAAGUCCUAGAGUGGCAACUCCAGGUAGACGCGCAAGUGGAAAGACUCCCAAGACGCUUGAGGGUACCCCCUUUAAGGCAAUGAGAGAUCGAACAAAUCCACAAACAGGUGAUAAAAACAGAAGAAAACAAAUGAGGAAUGUGGAAACUGAACAGAUUCUGGAGUUUGGAGCCAAAAACAACCCAGAAGUUGAGAUGUCAGAAUCUGAGGAUGUUGCUAUUGAAAUCUCUCAAAGUCCUAGAGUGGCAACUCCAGGUAGACGCGCAAGUGGAAAGACUCCCAAGACGUUGGAGGGGACCCCCUUUAAGGCAACGAGAGAUCGAACAAAUCCACAAACAGGUGAUAAAAACAGAAGAAAACAAAUGAGGAAUGUGGAAACUGAACAGAUUCUGGAGUUUGAAGCCAAAAACAACCCAGAAGUUGAGAUGUCAGAAUCUGAGGAUGUUGCUAUUGAGAUUUCUCAAAGUCCUAGAGUGGCAACCCCAAGUAGACGCGCAAGUGGAAAGACUCCCAAGACGCUGGAGAGGACCUUCUUUAAGGCAACGAGAGAGAGAACAAAUCCACAAACAGGUGAUAGAAACAGAACAAAAGAAAUGACGAAUGUGGAAACUGAAGAGAUUCUGGAGUUUGAAGCCGAAGACAACCCAGAAGUCGAGGAGAUGUCAGAAGCUGAGGAUGUUGAACCAACUGGCAGUACACCAGCCUUUGUCCGUGCCAAAGCUUUUCACUGUACACCAUUGCUGUCCAGCCCACGUGUUUUGAAAGAGGUGGCUUCUGGGUCGCCGGUAAAACAGAAUUUGGUUCAACGGGUUCCCAAGCCAGCUAAAAAAGCCCGCCGGGAAAAACGGGAGCCGUCCCUCCCCAGCAACUUGGUGAAAAAAAUGUUCACCCACUACAUCAAGAUGCCAGUAACCAAAGAGGCCUUGCAAGUUGUGGAUAGGUGCGUGAAUGUCUACUUCAAGCAUCUGAGCAACGACCUGGAAGCCUACGCGAAUCAUGCUCGACGGAAGACAGCAGAGGCAGCUGAUCUGGAGCUCCUCAUGAGGCGGCAAGGACUGAUAACAGACAAGACGCCUCUAAAUGUGCUGGUCGAGCGACACUUACCUUUGGAGUACAGGAAGCUGCUAAUUCCUAUCGCCAUAAGUGGAAACAAAGUGAUCCCUCAGAAGUUGAAGUAAGAAGCUGAACCACUUGGAUGUCAGAGACAGAACAUUUCUGGUUUGGAAAUAAGCAGUGGAGGAAGGAGAUCUCCUAAGGCUCUGGACUAGAACGGAUGGAGAUUUGUCCAUUAGACAAAAUCAUUUACACGGCAUUUAACUUAAGCACCGCACCUUCUCAGAAACAAGCUGAAUUGCACUUACUGUGUCUUGGUGACUGCAGUACAGGAGGAGCCUUGUUUUUCUGUCUGUACCAGAGUUGCAAGUUAUAUUUUGUAAAAAAAAUAAUAAUUCUAUAUUACUUUGGAAUAAAACUGUUUUCUCUGUAUUCUUGUUCUCAAGCAAGCAAAAACCUGUGGUUUUAUGCCAAUUUUACUAAACCUUUCUUUGUAGCCUGAAGAUAUUUGACUUAAAACAUUUUUGUAAUUUUAGCUAUUUUUCUUCCAUGUCUUAGAUUAUAAAUAAACAUCCAAACUUAGCUAGAUGCAGUUCUUAAGUAGAGUUCAAUAAAUCAAGCUGCAGGUGAUCCAUGUCAGUCAUGCAGCUAUUCAAUUA